AUGGCACCUUUAACUCGAGCUUCUGUAGCCCUGAUAACAGCUUCUUCAGCCGGGCUCGGUGCUGCCACCGCUCGACUAUUUGCAUCACACGGUGUCCGUGUCAUCAUCAAUUACCAUUCCAGCCAUGACAAAGCGCAAGAUCUUGUCGGUGAACUCGGAGAUCUUGCCCGUAGAAAACUACCAGAUAUGGAAGAGAAAGAUGUAGUUACAGCUGUAAAGGCUGAUAUGUCCAAGAAAGACGAGGUGGAGAGAUUGGUCAAGGAGAGCGUGGAGAAGUGGGGACGAUUAGAUGUUGUUGUUUCCAACCAUGGCUGGACUCAGAUUCGCAAUUUUCAAGACCUAGACGACAAUAUUGUUGAAGAAGAUUGGGAUCGAUGUUUCAACAUGAAUGUGAAGUCUCAUUUGUGGCUUUUCCAUGCUGUGAAGCCAUAUCUAGAGACGACCGAUGGAAGUUUCAUAUCGACAGCUAGUAUCGCGGGUGUGAAACCGGGUGGGAGUUCCAUGGCAUAUUCUGUGACGAAAGCUGCACAGAUACAUCUCAUCAAGUCAUUAGCUCUCACGUCAACAAUACGGGUGAACUCCGUUUCACCGGGAUUGAUGCUCACUGCAAGUUCAAUAUUCAUUACCUCCGAUUGGGGUCUCCAAUUCCCCGAGUCAAAAGUAGAGGGAGUAAAGAAAAAGAGCACACUAGGAAGACUCGCGACCGUCGAAGAGGUUGCUAGACAGAUAUACUGUUUAGCUGAGAGCGAGAGUGCCACUGGUACAAACUCUAUCAUUGACGGAGGAAUCCAUUUGGGGAAAUAGAUGUUUUUAAAAAGAAACAGAGGGGAAUUACUCAAGAAAACCCCCAGACAUGAGCUUUCAUUUAACAGGUUUCAAUGAACAUCUGUUAGUUUGCAAAUGCAUAGACUCUCAAGCUUUCCAACUUCUACAACCAAACCAAUAUCACACCCAUCAACAGUGCCAGGCAUUGAUAUUGAGAAAUUCGUCUAAUUUAAAUAAGCAAAUGACACACUGGGUAGGAGACCCAACUAAAUCUUCUCUAAAACUCAAAGGCAAACCGGAGGUUUCUUCGGAUGUGAAUUGCUUUAAAAGGCUUUCAGAUAUAUAUGCAAGAAUAGACUUAGUGUAAUAAUAGAGCUGUUGGAAAGCCCUUCCUUUGUAACUUGCAAAUAUCAGUCUUCAAAUAGAUAAUUAUGGAUGUAAAACGAAGUGAUCUCCUAGCUUAUGAUGAAAGAUAAUAGUGAUUAAUUUAGUACGUGUUCAGGUCACAGCACAAAAGCUGACAGUGCUAAGAGUAAAAUAAAUUGACAAAAGUAUGUGCAAUGCUCUUUGAGCUCCGGAACGCAUUUGGGAAAAGCUUGCAUAACGAACCCCCAGUGCAGUCUGAGGUUCAGUUUAGGAAGCCACUAAGCCUUACAGGGUG